GCCGGCGUUUCUUGUUUAGUUUUGUUUACUUGUGAAAUUGUUGCGCCAUGUCGGAGCCAGAGCUGGAGCCCGAAAACACGACGAUAACUGAGGAGACAGUGCCCACCGUUGAGACAGGAACAGAGCCAAGCCCAUUGCCGGAGUCUAGCAAUGGAUUGGCGGAUGAGGACUUGGCUAACUUGGUGACAGCCGAGGAAUAUUUACUGCGCAAAGAUGUCCAGCUGUUGGAAUAUGAAAAGCAAAUGUUUCUCGAUCUCGUGCACACAGAUGGACUGCUUGUCUCUGCCAAAGGUUUAGGCUAUGAGCGCGUCCUGAUGCACAUUUUGAAGGUGUACAGCGAUACUGGGAAUCUGCUGCUGGUUGUCAACAGUUCCGAUUGGGAGGAGCAGUACUACAAGUCCAAGCUGGAUGCCAAAUAUGUGCACGAGGUGGCAAAUACGGCCACCGAACGUGAACGCGUCUAUCUGGAGGGGGGAUUGCAGUUUAUUAGUACACGGAUUUUGGUGGUUGAUCUGCUCAAGCAGCGGAUACCGAUUGAGCUGAUAACGGGAAUUAUUGUGCUGCGAUCGCACAGCAUCAUUGAGAGCUGCCAGGAGGCGUUCGCAUUGCGUUUGUUUCGUCAGCGCAAUAAGACGGGCUUCAUCAAGGCCUUCUCGAGCAGUCCGGAGGCAUUCACCAUUGGCUAUGCGCACAUCGAGCGCACCAUGCGCAAUCUGUUUGUGAAACACUUGUACAUUUGGCCGCGUUUCCAUGCCACAGUGCGUAGUGCACUGCAUCCGUGGCAGGCGCAAACCAUUGAGCUUCAUGUGCCGCUCACGACACGAAUGAGCUCGCUUCAAACCCAUAUACUGGACAUCAUGAAUUUUCUGGUGCGCGAAAUUAAGCGAAUCAAUCGCACCGUCGACAUGGAGGCGGUCACCGUUGAGAAUUGUGUGACCAAGAAGUUCCAUAAGAUCCUGCAGGCGCAGCUCGACUGCAUCUGGCAUCAGCUUAACUCGCAAACGAAGCUCAUUGUGGCCGAUUUGAAGAUUCUGCGCAGUCUCAUGAUUUCCACGAUGUACCAUGAUGCAGUGAGUUCAUAUGCUUUGAUCAAACGCUAUCGCAGCACAGAGUACGCCAUCAGCAACUCCGGCUGGACACUGCUCGAUGCCGCCGAACAAAUCUUUACGCUCUCCAAGCAACGCGUCUACAAUGCCCAAAAUGAAUUCGAACCGGAACAGUGUCCCAAAUGGCAGCCACUCAGCGAGCUGCUUACCAAGGAUAUACCCGGCGAUAUGCGACGUCGCCGUGGCGCUGAUCAUCUGGAGCCACCGAAGGUGUUGAUUCUCUGUCAGGAUGCGCGCACUUGCUACCAGCUGAAGCAGUAUCUGACGCAGGGCAGCGCACGCUAUCUGCUGCAGCAGGCAAUGCGGCACGAGGUGCUCGUGGGCAAGCUGAGCGAGGCGCUGGCCAAGGACAGUCAAACGACAGCAAUGGCAGAGGACACCGGUCACAACCAAACGGAUGUGGCGAAAACGGAAGUGAAAACAGAGCCGGAUGUAGCACAACAUUCUUUGGAUGAGCUCUCACAGUUGCUAAGCGAAACGGAUGCAGAGGCGCAAUUGAUGCAACAGCAACAGCAGCAUCUCUUCGAGGAGAGCUACAUGCUGACAAUGACGCAGCCCAUAUUAUUGCCCACAAGCGAACCCGAUCCGAAUGCCUCAAUUUUUGAGAUAAUACCAGAGUUGGAGCAGUUCGAUGUUUCAGCGGCAUUGGCUGCACAUCGGCAGCCCUGCAUUUGUCUGCAGACAUUCAAGACGGAGCGUGAGGGCGCCAUGGCCCUGGAGCACAUGCUCGAUCAGCUGCAGCCCCAUUAUGUUGUCAUGUAUAAUACGAAUGUGACGGCCAUUCGGCAGCUGGAGGUCUUUGAGGCACGACGCCGUCUGCCACCAGCCGAACGCAUGCGAAUCUAUUUUCUAAUCCAUGCACGCACCGUCGAGGAGCAAUCCUAUUUAACCAGUCUGCGUCGCGAGAAGUCCGCCUUCGAACUGAUCAUCGACACAAAGAGCAAAAUGGUUAUACCCGAGUAUCAAGAUGGCAAAACGGACGAAGCCUUUGUGCUGUACAAGAGCUACGAGGAUGAGGAUGCAAAUUCCGCAAAUGCGAACGCAAAGACUCGGCAGGGCGCCACAAUGGGCGUGGCAUUGAACGCUGCUCGCGUAACACCCAAAGUGAUUGUGGAUAUGCGUGAAUUUCGAUCGGAUUUGCCAUGCCUGAUCCAUCGUCGUGGAUUGGAGGUGCUGCCGGUGACAAUAACUAUCGGUGACUAUAUACUAACGCCCGAUAUAUGCGUUGAGCGUAAAUCUAUAUCGGAUCUGAUUGGUUCACUCAACUCGGGUCGCCUAUACAAUCAGUGUGUCCAAAUGCAACGCUACUAUGCGAAGCCCAUCCUACUGAUUGAAUUCGAUCAGAAUCGUCCGUUCCAUUUGCAGGGCAAAUUUAUGCUCUCACAGCAGACGACGGCGACCAAUGCGGAUAUCGUACAGAAACUGCAGCUGCUCACACUCCAUUUUCCCAAGCUGCGUCUGAUCUGGUCACCCAGUCCGUAUGCGACGGCUCAGCUGUUUGAGGAGCUUAAAUUGGGCAAAUCAGAACCGGAUGCCCAGGUGGCCGCCGCCGUGGGCAGCGAGGAAUCUAGUGCGGCCGCUAGCAGCGAACAGCUGCAGUAUAACAAUGCCAUUCAUGAUUUUUUGCUACGUCUGCCUGGCGUGCAUACGAGAAAUGUCCAUGGAGUGCUCCGCAAGGGCGGCAGUCUGCGUCAGUUGCUGCAGCGCACUCAGGCGGAGCUCUCGGAUCUGCUGCAGUCACAGGAGAGCGGCAAGCUGCUCUGGGACAUACUGCAUGUGGCCCAUCUGCCCGAAAAGGAUGAGGUUGCCGGCUCUACGGCUUUGCUGGUCGCCAGCAAACAAUUUACCAGCGGCUCCCACAAUCGCUUCCGCAAAGCCGCCGGCGAAGCCAGACGCGGCAGACGUUGAACGCAUGGAUGAGGAAUGAGCAGCAUCAAAGAAGAGUAUUUCAAACAAGAAACCAACUUUUGAUGUUAACAAUAUAACGAUGAUCCUAUAUGUAUAUAUAUGUAUAUAUAAAUGUCUCCAUGAAAGAUGAAUGCCACUCUGGCAAGGGUAUACAAAUUAUGAAAACACACAACACAGAAACAACACUUAACGUUUCAAUUAACUUUGAUGACAGCAGCAAGCAGCAGCAGCAGCAGCAGCCGUAUAGAGGAAGGUGGAAGGCAAUUGUCUGGCCAAUGGGAGCAGCUGCAAAUGCUGCUGGACACACUGUUGACCCAUGGCAGACAGCCAGUGGGAUUGGAACAGCGAGCGACAGUAAAAUCAAUUCGAAUGCAUUUUUAAUGUCGUUUGGCAGCAACCCCAACAUCAGCGACAACUCUACACAAACAACUGAACUGAACCCAACUGACUCAUUUCAACGGCUCCCCAGCGUACAGCACAUAAAUGUUUAUAAAGCAUUAUUUAUUGUCCCAUUUUAAAGCACAAUUCCAGUUAAAUUCAACCAAUUUUCAUAUUCAUGUUCAUAUGCGUUUCAUAUUAAUUAUCUCAUCUAUUCGGGUUUUUUUUAUUGCUCAUAAAAUUCCUAUAUUAUAUUUAUAUAUAUAUAUAUAUUGUUAUAUUGACAAGCAAACUCAAUUAGUUGUUGCAGCUUGCUUGUCUCGAAAUUGUAAUGAAAUGAUAAAUGAUUACAAAUCCACAAUAACAACAAAUAACUUGGAA